CGUCCUCGUGCUCUGCUAUGUGAGCCGGCAGCUGUGCCAGCAGCACGAUGCGGGCACCGCCACGGUGCGCACCCUGAAGCAGCACCAAGUUUAUGUCCGUACCAACGCCACGGCCUGGGUGGAGGCGCGCUGGGGACAGCAUCUGGAGCGCAGCCCCAACAUCACGCUGCACCUCGACGAGGCCGUGAAGCUGGAUCCCCCUUCCCAUGGGAUGUCCUUCACCAAGGCCAAUGGGCGCCUGGAGCUGAGGCUGCCGCGGCCGCAGUGUCACCACAAGGAGCGGCCGCCGCCACGCAGGGAGGCUCGAUUCCGCCGGGUGGGUGAUGGCAGCUGGAUGCAGGUGAUGUGUGAGACAGGGAAGGGUGAGGAUGGAGAGGAUGACCCAGUGACCUGCGAGCUGGGGGGAACCGCUGCCUUCGAGGUGCAGCUCCGGCACAGGACGCAGCACUGGAGCAGCCACUGGAGCGACUGGAGCCCAUCCAUCUUCAUCCCCGAGGAGAUCCUGGAGAGCCCCGCACUGAGCUUCAGGCUGGGACACCUCGGGAGAAACGGGCAGAGGCUGCUACAGCUGGGCUGGCAGCGCGCCAGCGCGGCACAGGGGGACGUCAGCUACACCCUGCGUGCCCACAUGCCGGAGUGCAGCUGCGCCGAGGAGGACGAGGUGGUGCUGGGGGCAGAGGAGACAGAGUACAACCUCACGCUCUGCGGGGCUGCAUACGAGAUCGUGCUGACGGCCACCAACGCCGCAGGAAGCAGCCCUGCACGGCGGCUGCAGGUGCCGGUGGAGCAGCACACGGAGCUCAGCUUCCAGAACAUCAGCUCUGUGGGCACCAUGGUGAUCGCACGCUGGGAGGCACCAACGCGAGGCUUCGCCUUCUGCUUUGAGCGGCAGCGGACGCCGGGAGCCCCACAGCCGGGGCGCUGCGUGCAGGAGGAGUUCCUCGCACGCAGCUCCCACUGGCAGGCAGGGCCGCUGGAAGCGCCGGCUUGUUACCGGCUCGCCGUGCACGGCCGCGGCGCAGAGCAGGACUGGGCCACCUUCGCUCUGCAGCAUCACUUCGUCGGCAACACCUCGUUGGCCGCCUCUGUCCGCAUCAACGCCAGCGCCGAUGCCGCCGUGCUGCUCUGGGAGCCGUCCCUACGCGCUGCUUGCCCCGGGGCGCUGCUGGGGUACCGCGUGUGCCACGCUGCUGAAGGGGACAACGUGACAUAUGGCGACGUGGACGCAUCAGCAUCGCGAUACGCGCUGCGAGACCUGAAACCAGGCACCGCCUACAGGGUGGGCAUCCAGGAGGUGGCGGCGGGCGGCGGGGGCACCUGCAGUGCCCGGUGGCACUUCCAGACCACGGCGCUGGGUAACGGUGGAGCGGUGUGGAGCUCCAACCUGAAGUACCUGGGCAUCUCGCUGGGGAUCCCAGCUGCCGCCCUCAUCUACCAGCUGAGCAAGAAGAGGCUCCACGGGAUGCUCUUCCCUCCCCUGCCCAAACCUACCGGCAGCGAAGCCCUCCGGUUCUCAGCCAGUGAGAUGAGCCAGGUGAGCUGCAGUGUGCGCCCUGGGAUGAGCUGUGAAGCCGAGACCUCCCAGCACAGUGCUUCUUCUCCCCAACAGAACAAGCCCUGGAAGAGCUUCCUGGAGCCCUCGGAGCAGCUCAGCCCCGGGGAGUUGCUGGUAAUGGAGCUGAGCCCUGAAAAUGAGGCAGCCGCCAGCACGCGGCCCCACACACCACAGCUCAGCCCCGAAGAACCGAUGGAGCCACUGCAGCCACACUGCAAGGUGGAGCUGCCCUUCACGUACCGGCGGCAGGAGGUGCUGGACCCGGAGCCAGGGGGGUCAGGGGGGCUGGGGGAGGUCCCCACCUGUGGCCCCACAGCUGCAGAGGAGGGCGCAGGGAGCUGGGGGCUGAGCCAGGCGCUGCCACCUCUUGUGCUGCUCAAACCCACCUCCCCACAGGAUCAGGAGGGUGUGGGGCUGCUGCAGGAGAAGGCGGUGCCUUAGGGAUCCCAGGGAUGGGGGACAAAGCGGGUCCCUCAGACAGCGAGGGGGUGAUGCUGAGGGCCCGGGAGGGCUGAUGCUGAGCAUCCAGGUGUGAUGCUGAACGCCCUCCCCAAGGCCCUGCGGGCACUUUCCUGGGGGUUUCUGAUUUCCAGGAACACUGCUGCAUUGCACAGGGCCGGGACCCAGUGAGGCACAGUGCAGCCCAAAAUAAUGAGGGCAGGAGGCUGCGGGCUCAGCUCCCCCUACGGGGGUGGGGAUGUUUCCUUGGGCACGAGGAAGCUGCUUUGGGAGCACAUCAGAGUGAAGACUGCAUCCCUGCCCCCGUGGGAUGGGGGCACAGCCAAGCCCAGCGCCGAGCACUGAAACACCAGAGUGUAGAAGUAAAGAAAACCA